AUGUCUAUCGCCCCGCCGCCGCCGUACGCCAAGCACCGUUCCGAGACACUCUUUCAAAUCCCGUUUCUUGCGCCCACGGGCAUUGAACUCAACGAUGUCCUAUCCCGAUCACUCAGUAGGCUCUCGUUGCGGUUCCCGUCCACGCCCACCGGUGCCGGUAUCAUUACCGCCAAGCUAUGCGAGCCGGAAGAACGCGAACGAUGGAUGCUAUGGGUGCGCACGUGGGAUCCUGUCUGUGCUAUCCACAUCAGACGGGCGAUGACGGAAGUGGGCUUGCACGUUGUUUGGAUCGAGACCAAGUUCAGGGGCUACGAUAGGACGCACUUCUAUGGCCUGAUGGAUGAGACGAGUUUUUUGUUCUACAUGUGGGAGGAGUAUGUGUGGCAAAUGCGGGGGACGGAUCUAAAUGUCACGAUGAAGGCAGAGGAUUGCAUGAUUGCGGGAAGCUUGCCGGGUCAGCUGAAGAGGUUGGAUAUUCCGUGUCCAAGUAAUGGAAAAGUUCGCAAAGUUCGCAAGCUCGUGGAGAAAGCGAAGAAGGUCGUGCGAAGAGUCCACAAAGUUAUGACGCCGGCGAGGGAAGAAAGGGCGAACGAUUCGGUAGAGACGAGCGAAUCGGAAUGGACGAGCGAGUCGGAAUGGACGAGCGAAUCGGAAGGGACGAGCGACUCGGAAGGAACGAGGGAUUCGGAAGGAACGAGGGAUUCGGAAGAUGCUGAAAUCGUGCAUGGGCAGAGUGAUCUGAAAGACGCCUGGAAAAAACAUGUGAUGGAGAAUCAGCCAAAUCAUGAGGAAGACGAAGAUGUGGAGACGAUGCAUUUUGGCUGUGACGGUGCCGGAUUGCUUGAACCGGGCAUGCGCCACGCUAAUGAAGCGAUUGCGAACUUGGAUCAAUUCGAAGAUUACAUUCUGACCGCGAGCGAUCAUGUCGAACACACAAUCAUGAUACAUCUUCAAUCGAUCACAUCGAUCAUUAGGUGCUCCAUGAACCAGUUUCCAUCCCCGUUUGAUACCAAAAAAUCUUUGGGAAGCGCACCGGAAGCACCACCGCAGUUCGUCGACUCGCCCAGUACCGAUUUGGGUAUCGACUACUUACUGGCUGAGGCCGCUGAAUGGUACGGUGCCGAUCGCGUCCUCAACUAUAAUUCCGAGACACCUAUCGGAACUGUAACCGAACCACAAAAUAAUGCCGAUUCAGCGCACGUGGAGCCCGCAGCUACGCUGAGCGAAGCUGUCGCCAUCGUCGCGAGUCCAAUGCCGCCGUCAAACACUUCCUUUGAGACGUCGGAUAGUAACAGACCUGAAUUAGCGACGGACGAGAAACCUGUUUCCCCCAGCAAGCCGGCUGCUAGUCCGGACACCAAGGAGGUUCCAAAGACACCGGAUAUGAGGGAACAUGCUGGUCGGCGAGCCCUGGAAUGGCUGUCACCAUAUGAUCCUCUCCUCGUGCUUGCAGAAACUCCUGGAUCCGCGUUCGCCGGAGAAACCUCUGGUGGAACGACCGAGAAUGUUCAAGAUCCGAAAAACCCCGAGAUUCUCUCAGUCCGGAAGAUAACCCCCAACCUUAAAAGGAGCAACGCCGUACGCAGACCAUCGCGGCAUUCGACAAGCCCUUUCGCGAGUCCCCUCACGCCGUCGAACAUGUCGUUCGAUACGUCGGAACGGAAGGCACCAGAAUCAUCGGCGGACAUUACCGCAGAUGCCCCCAGCAAGCCUGCCCGUGGUCAUGACACCUUAAAGGUUCCGGAGUCGCCAGGCACGCAGGAACAUCCUGCUCAGCAGGCCGAGGAAAACGUCUCCCCAUCUGAAUGUCCACCCGGACCGGAUUAUCAUCCUCGAAAAGUGCUUGGUGGUCCUGACACCAAGAACGUUCCAGAGCCACCGGGCACACCGGACACCCGGCGUACCACCCAGACCACCCCCAAGGUCACCUGCGUCGGCCCCAAUACCACCUCUGGCAUCCCCCGUACUUGCCAGUCAUCCGGGAGAAGCAGCCACCGGCAACGGAGGAAUAUGCUGAAGAGCAGGACGAGGGCCCUCCUUCACCAUAUGAACCACCCGCCGUACUUGCAAAACAUCCUAAGCCUCCCACCGUACCGCCCCGGCCACCCCCAAGGCCACCUGCACCACUUUCCUUACCACCCAUGGCAUCCCUCGUACCUGUCAAUCUUCCUGGAGAGGCAUCUGACCGUCCGGACACCAAGGGCGUUCCAGAGCCACUGGGCACGGCGGAGAAUGUUGGCCAGGAGGUGCAGAGAUGGCCGUCACCAUAUGAACAUCCCACCGUACUUGCCAGUCAUCCUGGAGAAGCUUCUCUUGGUUCUGUCAUUAAGGUGGUUCCAGAGCCACCGGCCACGGAGGAACAUCCUGCAGAGCAUGACGAAGGCCCUCCUUCACCGUGCGCAACCAAAACACAGUCCCGAAGAACACCACCCAGCUGAGACGAAGGGGUGCCGUACGGAUCACGGGUCGGGAGACGAGCGUAACAAUACCACGAAACGCAGGGCCGAGGGGUACUGCUGUGGUUUCAAACGCCACAUCACGUGUGGGAAAAGUAGAUGCGCCGAGGAAGGAGCCGGCGCCCAAGAACCCAGCAAGAACCACGACUGGCGGAGCCCCUGCAAAAACGGUGACUUUUGGAGCCCCCCCAGAAAUACCACUGGAGGAGCCCCUCCAAGAAAUGUGACUAGUGGCGCCACUCCCAGGAGCACCACUGGCGGAGUUCCUCCAAGAGGCACCAUUGGCGGAGGCCCUCCACAAACGCCAGUCGCUCCAAGAACGGCCACUGCUGAGGCUAAGGCAGAGAAACAGGCGCCGUACAUGUCGAACUUCACGGAGAACCUCAAUAUAUUCGUCGAUACUGCUGCCACAAAUGCUGAGGCCAAGAAGGAGGAUGACAGGAUGUCUUUGCGCACUGCGCUCCAAAAUACCGGACCUUCGAAGCAACAGCUGGAGAAAGAAAAGCUGGACUACCACAAACGUCGAGCCUUCUUCCAUAAAGAUCUCGACAAGUGUUUAGCUGCCGUCGCCAGUGCCAUCGACAACCAGCGGGCUCGAGCGAUCCACACCAGCCGUGACACAAACACCAAGGCGCUUGGCAUGCUGAACAAACAGAUGAAGGAUGCUCUGAGGUGGUGGGACGCAACAGAAUAA